AUACAAGUUGACGGACCGGAAAGCAAUUGAAACAAGAUGGCGCUCUUCAUCUUGAGAAGUUGUUGUAGGUUGCCGUCGUUACGGGGCUUCAGCCGCGUUACAAACCACGAAAGCGUCCUCCUAAAGUGGUGUGUAAAAUCCAAAUUAAGUGUCCUACCUCCCGACGGGGUCGGAGAGGCGGUGCGGGCGUACAGCUCCGACCGCGGUGAACCAAAACCCCAUCAGAAGGUGGUGGUCGUUGGUAUUCCCAACCCGUUCAUCUGGAUCCGGACACGGGUCUACUACUUCCUCAUCAGAGCCUAUUUUGAUUCCGAGUUCAACAUCGAGGAGUUCACGGAAGGUGCUAAACAGGCUUUCUUCCAUGUUUCCAAGCUGCUUUCCCAGUGUCAGUUUUCAGCUCUAGAGGGGCUGGUGGCCAAUGACUUAAUCGGAAAGCUGGAGGAGAAGUGCAACCUUCUCCCGCCGAACUACAAGAUGGCGUUGUCCGCCCGGCCUGAUGAGCUCAUGUACACCACGCCGGGGGACGUGGGAAUCUACUACGACGACAAGGGUAGAAGGUUUGUGAGUAUUUUGAUGCGUUUCUGGUACCUGACCAGCGCGCGUCUGCCCGACGAACCUCUGGAGGGGACUCGUAUCUUCCAGGUGGCCAUCGGCGGAGAGGGCGAAGCAGAGAGCAAGAGGCUACUAACCGCUAACUAUGAAUUUCAAAGGGAGUUUACCAAAGGGGUGGCACCGGACUGGACCAUUACACGGAUAGAGCACUCCAAACUUUUAGAUUGAGGCACAAUGAAAGAAAAUCCUGCGGAAGCUCCUCAAAAAAACUGAACUGUAUAAUGAAUGAAUCCGAAACAUGCUGUGUACUGUCUGCAAGGUUUCAAAACCUGACCGGGAGCAUGUUCUACAAGGAUUUGUAUAUGUAGUUCCUGUUUCAACCCAUAAAGUGAUACUUUUAAUUUAACCUUUAGGAAGUGUGUGUGUGUGUGUGUGUGUGUGUGUGUGUGUGUGUGUGUGUGUGUGUGUGUGUGUGUGUGUGUGUGUGUGUGUGUUUUGACACAUGGUCAAUUUUGUUGACCCAUGUGUAAAAUAAUUUUUAGGAUGAUGUUUUUAAUACUUUUUCUGGAAGUCUCUGUAUAUGUAAUUUCCAUUUCCAGCUGUAAAAGCAUAGCCUUAAUAUAACCAUUGUGAAAUAUCAAGACACUAGUUGGUCUUGACAGCAUGGGCCUUGACCGAUAUGUCACAACAUUGUUUGAUGAGAUCAAACGUGUACUAGAAGGUUUUGUAGCGAUUGUAUGAUUCUGUUAAUGAAUUGUGUGAAUGACCGAAGUUCGUGGUCUCACUGAAAAGACGACAAGCUUAGAUGAUUCAAUGGAAUCUUGAGAUUGAGUCAAGGUCGCAAACUCACGAAACAUUGCAGACUCCAAUGAUUCCAUUAAAUUCGGUGACUGACUCGAA